AUGGGCGCGGACCGCCAGGCCUUCGAGGGCUUCUUCCCGCAGGUCGUGCGCGACCUCACGGCCGACGGGCUGCGGCACCCCGAGGUGGGCGACGCGGUGGCCCGGCUGAAGGAGGUGCUGGAGUACAACAGCCCGGGCGGGAAGCACACGCGGGGCCUGACUGUGCUGGCCGCCUUCCGCCGCCUCGUGCGGCCCGAGCAGCAGGGCCCGGAUAGCGUCCAGUGCGCGCUGGCGGUUGGCUGGUGCAUCGAGCUGCUCCAGGCUUUUUUCCUGGUGGCGGAUGAUAUCAUGGACUCGUCCCUCACCCGCCGGGGCCGGCCGUGCUGGUAUAAGAAGGAGGGGAUUGGUUUGGAUGCUGUGAACGACUCCUUCCUCCUUGAAUCCUCCAUCUACCGGCUGCUGAAGAAAUAUUGCCGGGGGCAGCCCUACUACUUGCACUUGCUGGAGCUCUUCCUGCAGACCAGCUACCAGACGGAGCUGGGACAGGCUCUGGACCUCAUCACAGCUCCCCCUACCCAGGUGGACCUGGCCCGCUUCACUGAGCAGAGGUACAAGGCAAUUGUUAAAUACAAGACGGCUUUCUACUCUUUCUACCUGCCUGUUGCUGCUGCCAUGUACAUGGCUGGCAUAGAGAGUGAGGAGGAGCAUGCUAAUGCAAAGGCCAUCCUGUUGGAGAUGGGGGAGUUCUUCCAGAUCCAGGAUGACUUCCUUGAUUGCUUUGGGGAUCCUAGCUUGACGGGUAAGAUUGGCACUGACAUCCAGGACAACAAGUGCAGCUGGCUCGUAGUGGAGUGCCUGCGCCGGGCCUCGCCGGAGCAGAGGCAGCUCUUGGAGGAGAACUAUGGGCAGAAAGAGGUGGAGAAGGUGGCCAGGGUCAUGGAGCUGUAUGAAGCUCUGGGCUUGAGGGCUGUCUACCAGGAGUAUGAGGAGUGUAGCUUUCAGCGCCUGCAGCAGCUGAUUGAAGCGCAUACCCAUUGCCUCCCCAAGGAGAUCUUCCUAGACCUGGCUCACAUCAUUUACAAGCGCCAGAAGUGAGGGGGGGACCGGGCCUGUGGCUCAGAAGACUACGGAUCCCUGC